ACAACACCUCCGCACACGACCGACCCGUCCGCCCGCCCGCCAUGCCCCGUAAACUCGCGACGCAGGUCCCCGCGGUCAUGUCGCGGCUGAUCCAGUCGACGCUGGUCCAGUCCCCGCCGACAUGGUACGCGCCAGUGCUGGCCAACCCCCCGCCCGUGACGCCUCCUCGGCAGGUGGGAGCGCGCGCGCGCCCCGACGCCGCCAAGAAGUACGACGACCUGCCGCCGCAGCGCGUCGACGAGCGCCGCGAGGGCCACACACGCACCCACCACACAAAGCAGUACCGGGAACCCAAGCUGCGCGCCGUGCCCAUCGUGUACGAGGCCGACCGGAUCCGCCGCCAGUUCUUUGUCGACUUUCCGUUCGAGGCGCUCCGCCCCGUGUCGCUCGUCGAGGGCCCGGCCAUCGCGGCGCCCAACCCCGUCGACGGCGCAUCGUGGACAAAGCUGUCCCAGCGCGGAGCGUACCCCACCGUCGAGGACGUGAUCGCCUUCACGAGCAACCUCCACAGGCACCAGCAGCUGUCGCUGACCGACGCGUACGCGCAGGCGACGAGCGAGUUUGUGGCCCUCCGCGCCACGCACGAGAUGGCGACGCUCGCUGCUGCCGCUGAGGCGCGUCACUUUGGAGCCACGUUCAAGCGUGACGAAUGGGACCGUGUGUUUGAUCUCGAGGCGAGGGCGCUCGGUGACAGCGCCGCGUACGGACCGCAGCGCUUCACAGAGUACUCGACAAAAUACCGCGAACCAAAGACGUGGUACAGCUACGUCAGGGGCUGGACGAUCCAGAACGAGUUUACCGGCGCAAAGGGCUACGUCCAGAAGUGGCGCCUGCCCGCCGCCGCCGAGGUCGAUGCCCCCGUCGAGGGCGACCUCGUGUCUGCGAUCGGCUCCAACACAGCAGCGACGACCGAGGCUGCGGCACCAGAGCCCAAGCGCGAGGAGGAGAUGGACGACCUCGAGCUCAUGGCUUCCAUUCUCGGCACCAACCCCAACGGCAAGGCAUAGAACUUGGUAUGAACUCAUAUGCAUUAUGUACAUCUCG